CGCAGGCGCAGUGGGCCUCCUGCCCGCCCUUUCAGAAAUGGCGGCGCCGCUGGGAGGUAUGUUCUCCGGACAGCCGCCUGGACAUCCCGGAGACUCCAGGGGCCAGGCUUCGCUUCUUCAGGCAGCGCCAGGCCCUCCGAGAACUUCUAACAGUACGUUGGUGGACGAGUUGGAGUCCUCUUUUGAGGCUUGCUUUGCUUCUCUUGUGAGUCAGGACUAUGUCAAUGGCACAGAUCAGGAGGAAAUUAGAACUGGUGUUGAUCAGUGUAUCCAGAAAUUUCUGGAUAUUGCAAGACAAACGGAAUGUUUUUUCCUACAAAAAAGAUUGCAGUUAUCUGUCCAGAAACCAGAGCAAGUUAUCAAAGAGGAUGUCUCAGAACUAAGGAAUGAAUUGCAGCGGAAGGAUGCUCUGGUCCAGAAGCACUUGACAAAACUGAGGCAUUGGCAGCAGGUGCUGGAGGACAUCAACGCGCAGCACAAAAAGCCAGCCGAAAUCCCUCAGGGCUCCUUGGCCUACCUCGAGCAGGCGUCUGCUAACAUCCCUGCACCCAUGAAGCAAAGCUGAGUCAAAGCGGGCCUGAAGGGGAUCUGGUGUGAGUCAGCCUGGGCACAGUUUUGACAAACAUCACUUCUUGUGGACGUGACAUUUUGGAAGAACUCUUUGCCAAAGAAUGAGAUGAUUUUUGUUUGAUGGUCUCACCUAAAACGUUCCCCUAGUUUGAUAAACAUCUUUUCUUGAGUACUUUAUAAAACGGUUUUGGUAGAUCAAGUAAAUUUUUGUCUUUAGCAAAGUUUAGGCUGUUAAUAUGAUGCCACUUACAGAUUCCUUUUUAUGUUUCUUUGUAUUUUUUUUUAUGACUAAGUCUUUUUGUGUUUCCAAUUUUAGAUUAGCUUAUAUAAUAUGAAGGGAAAAGUUUGUAUGAUUUGAUCUGAGAAUCAGAGGAUGAGGAUUUUGGUUGUAGACCUUUUAUAACAAUUACCCCUCAAUGGUAAUAUAGUAAAAUAGGUAAAUUUGCAUAUUUUAAGACUUUGAAUUACCUCAAGAAGAGGAAUCUAAUGCAGCAAUGUCCAUAAGGCUUCCAGAGCUCUCAAAAUGAGGGUAUUUUGUAAAUAGGUUGAAAGGACUAUCAUAUCCUAAGUUAGUGUAGUAUUAAUACAUAGGAUCCUUAAGUUGAUGUUGACUUUUAUUUGGGGUAAGUUUAUAUUUUGUGUGGUGUUUUUUUCACUUUUGGGGUGGGGGUGUGUAGCAAGAGCAGUGAUAUGGUAAAUUGUUAGGUUCUGCAGUGAUGCAUCCAUUUUAAGUAAGGGGGUAGACCUUGUGCUCAGCACAACAGUUGAGGUAUACGUGCAGUAUGAGAGGUUAAAGCUUGCUAUGGUUGGUUAUCUCUUUUCACUUUCAGUUUUGUUUGCUUGUGUUGUUUUUGUUUCUGUUUUUUUUU